UUCACACCUAUAAUAACAACAACAAACAUUCCUCGAUCGCUAUCCGCCUGUUCUUUUAUGGACGCCACCCAACACUAUCUAGCUUUCUCAAAGCCACAUUCCAAAGCAUUGGCCAUUUACUUCUCUAUUACUGCUAACUGCUAUUAUAAUCCCAAAAUCUUAAGGAAGGCAAAGUCAAUAGUUUCUUAUUUACUGAUCAGCCAUUAAAUUCUUUAUUACUGGCAAUUGUCUUCGGCUCAGCAUUCCAUUGAUGAUGGAUUUUUUCAUUGUUUUCUUCUCUACUUUAUUAAUUCCAUUUUUUGCUAUAUUUUAAGAGGAUUUUAUAAAUUUUUUGAUAAUAAUUAAUCUAUUCUUCCAUCAUACCUAAUCAAAAUUCGUCGAAAAUCUGAUCCCGCCGCCCUUAUUUGGCGGAGUGCCACUACAUCAACAACUGCUAAUAACGAUGUAGCUGAACCGCUAAUACGGAAAUGGUCAACAAAAUCCAAUUGCAGUGGAAGAGGGGGUGCCGAUCACCAUCAGCUGAGAACUUUGCGGGAGCAGAUGGUUUGCAACAAGAGUGCUGGUAAUGUUGCCAGUAAAGGGAGAGGCAGUACAUCCAGUUGCGGCUCUCGACCACUUCUUCCAUUUCUUGUAAAUCAUAGUGAUUCAGCUAUUGGUUCUUCCCUUGAUGGAUCUUUCUCCUGCUCUUUUCUGCCACCACCUCCUCCUUAUCGACCACCCUGUUCUACUGCAUCAGGAAGCGAUGACGUAUUUGGUGCUGCAGAGCAACAACAAAAAGCACCACAAGGGAAAGAUUUUACAUCAUUGUUAGGAUUUGAUACAUUAGUACUCCCAUCAUCAACGAGCACCAGAAGCGGAAGUGAAGAACAGAAAAAUAAACAGCAUACACCAGCACCAACGAAAAUCAUGCAAAAAGAUUCGGUGCAAUUGGAACCAUCUAUAAUAACACCAAAGAAUAAUCAAUGUUCAGUUAAUAAUAAUCAUUGUUUGUCAACUAAUGAUUGCUUAGCAACUAAUUGUUCAUCAAUAAAAAAGUUUCCUCCUGAAAAAAAUCAACAGAUUUUACCCUCAACCAAUCAAAAAUCGCAGUCUUCAUCUCAUAUAUUCCAAUGUAACAAUAACAUACAAUUGGAGCAAGUAAAAAAAAUUUUUUUUAAUUAUCCCUUUAUUGCCAUUUCAAUUUUUCAUUUUCAUCAGCACAUGAUAUAUGUAAAAUUGCCAUUUCUUCUUAAGAAUGCCAAAAAUUAUAAGGUUAUUAGUUCAGGAAGAUGA